UAUUAUUUUACCUACAUACACACGACUGCAGUUCGAUAGUGAACAAGCCAACCGUGAAUAUAAUAUACUUUCAUCGGUAUUUUAUAAAACGUAAUUAUUUAUUUAUUAUUACUUGUCUCUUUUGAUCGGCUUUAAAAAAAAAAAAAAAAAAAUUACAUAUAAUUUUUUUCUUCAAAUUACUCCAAAUUAUAAUUUAAUUAUUUUAUAUUAAAAAAAAAAAAAAAAAAAAUCCUUACAACUUAUUACCUCUGCCUACAUUAUUACAUUAAUUUAUUCCGUUAAUAAUUCGCUGUGAAGAACAAAAAUAACAUUAUUUCUCAGAUUUUGCGUCUCGGGUACAUAUUUUUUUUAACGAUGGACGUAGACGCAAACGAUGACAACAUAAUCUGCAAUGACUAUUGCACCGAUCAAACAGAUAUUGUGGACGAAGAUCUACACGAUCACGCGCUUUAUUCAUUUUGCGAGAACAGUCACAAAAACUGGAAGUAAGUAUUAUACGUAUGCCUUUAGAAUAUUGUUUAUAUAGUUAUUAUAUUAUUAUCGAAUUAUAUAUGAAAUAUAUAUAUAUAUAUAUAUAUAUGUAAAUACAAAAAAUAUUUCAACUUUUUAAUUAAUUUCCAUUUUAAAUAUAAUAUAUUGUAUGCACUUAUGCGAUUGAAGUAUAUUAAACCGUAAACCGCAUUUUACAAUAAAAUGUAGCUAUAUUAUAGCUAUAUUAUAACUAUAUGUACUGAUAUUAUACUCAGAAUACUUUACUGACAGACCGUGUUAUCAAUGUGACGAACAUUCAUAUUCUCAAUUCUACGCUCGUAUAAUAUAGGUAAAAAAAUCCAGGAAUAAACUCUGUAUUUUUUACGUUUUAUUUACGUCGAAUAAUAAUUAUUCUGGUCAAAUUCAUGGCGUUAUAACCGUAUUAUAAUAUUAUCUAAAAACGUGUCAACCACGCACGUCGGUAUAUUAUAACAUAUGAAUAUUGUUAUUGUAUCUACGAAACUCGGUACAAUAUCUUUUUUAUCGACCGUUAAUUGUCUGCAAUCUAUAUGUAUAAUAAUAUUGUUGUACAAUCUAAACUCUUCAAAAAUAAUAUCUACUGUUUUAAACCGCAAAGGUCUCGAAAGACUUUUUAUUAACAAUAUUGUAUGGUUUUCUUUUUGUUCCUAAACCUUCCUAUUUAUUAUUGCAUUACGAGUUUAAGAGUUUUACAUUUAUGAAAUAGUUUUAAUGAAAAAUGUACGAAUAUUUGCUUUGCAAACAGUAUUUAAAAAAAAAACCCAUCGCAUAACGUUAAUAUUUUGUAUCAAAGAAACGAAACAAAGUUCAGAAUUUAUCAUAAUAUUGUUGUUAUUAUUAUUUGUAUUUUAAAUUGAUAUUGACAAUAAUAAUACAAAUUAAAAAUUCAAGAGCAAAAACAAUAAACAAUAAUAUUUAAUAUGAAUUAUUAACUAAACAAACGUUCGUCGUAUCGAUUUAUGAAAUCAAACAAAACAUAUUAAACUAGGUAGGUAGGUAAUUAUAGGUAAGUAUAGCUAAUUAAAAAUUGAAUUAUUUUUAAAAUAUACUUUAUAAUAAUGAUAACAUUUUUUUUUAAAAUAUAUUUCGUUGAUUUAUGAUUGUGGAAAACUCAAAACACGGUUAAACAGAUUAUGAUACAUGGGAGUUAAUAUCAAUAUCAUUCGUUAAUGAUACGAGUAUAAUAUUACACAGAACAAGAGCGUACUAAAUUAAAUAACGAUCAAUUAAUUGAAACAGUGGUAUGCGUUAUUCAAAUAAAAUGCCAAAUCGUCUUUUGUAGUGUUAUAGUUUCGUGUUUAUAAUGUUUUUAUACGUUGUAUAAAAUGUGUUAGGUGAGAUUAAGAUGCAGGCCACAAGGGCAGCGUAUUAUUAUUUUGCGCUUAAACACGAUCGCUAUUUUAUUCGAAAAAAAAAAUACUGCAUAUCAUCCGCUGCAUUAUUAUCCUAUAUUUUAUAAAUGUAUAUGCGAUAUAAUUACAUUUGAUAGACAUUUCGAUUAGAGCUCAAAAUAUAUUUCACAAUCAUUUUAACGAUUUUUUGUAGUAGGUAUUUCUUCUCGUCGUAAGUACUGUCUGAAAUCAAAUACGUCUCCGGUUAAUAGUAAAAAAAUAAAAUGAACACAACAAUUGUAUAGUUAAAUAAUUUUCAAUAUUUGAAUAAUUUUUUAUUAACGUGUUCAUAAUAAUAAUAAAACAAAUCUAUCUGAAAGAGAUCUUUAUUUAUUUUAAUAUAAUAUAGUAUGUAUUUCUUUUUUGAAUUCUUAACUAAAUAAUUUAUUAUACUAAAAUAUAUAAAUGCUUUCAUUUAUUUUGUUACCUACUGUAAUCUGAAACAUCAAAAAUUAUAACGUUUAAUAUUUGCUAAUUUGACACUCGUUGGUAAUAUCUAAGUAUCGACGUUUCAACAUUAGGUAAGUACCUACUUAUACUUGUACUUAUACUUACUCAGCGGUACAUACUGUAGCUGUUAGUUUCUUAAUCGCACUCAUAAAGAAUUAUAUAUUAUUUACUUUUCUAUUAUUAAAUAUGUAUAGGAUUAAUUGACAGUUUACUAGUGAUUUUACAUUGUCGGAAGAUUUUAAUAUAUCUUCAUUCAUAAGUUCUAACACUUAACAAUAUUUCCUUGAACAAUAAUCAUAUUGAAAUUUAAACCAAUUCAAUAAAAUUAAAAAUUAAAGUAUGAAACUCUCAACUAUAUAUUAUAAUAAAAUUUAAAUAAUUAUUCAUUACAUUAGCGAAGAUGAACAUUCUAUUGUACCAGUAGAGUCUACUGUCUAUUAAGUAGACAGUCUUCACCCUCCACUGAAUAUAUAAUUUAUGCAUAUCACAAAUUGAAUUCUGUGGAAUAUAAUGAAAUAUCUUGCAAUAUUGGAGGAAAGGAAAUUAUUUAUCUAUUUAAAAGUUUUAGAUUCUAUUCAUUUCUUUAAAAAAUUUAAAAAUAAUACUUAAGAAAAAAAUAUAAAACAUUUUCAUUCCAAAUUUGAGUAAUAUAAAAUAAGUUUAUUUUUUCUUUUCAUAAGUUUACAUCAAAUUAUCCAAACUUAUUUAGUAACAAACUUAAAAAAAGAGCUGAUAUUGGGGACGGGUGCGCGUACUUCGAGACAAAUACGUUUAAAUGAUUUAGCAUUACUGAAAUAUAUUCAUCGUGAUAUCAAUGAUUUGCUAAAACUUGCUAAAACAUCAAAACGAAGAAUAAAUAUUUCAACUUUUAUAUAAUUAGCGCUGUAAAAUAGUAAUAGAAUAUUUAAUAUAUGAUUAUAGUACACACAAUAUUCAAAACAAUUUCAUUUGUUACAUGUUUUGACCUAUACACAUUUCGACGUAUUUACCUUAAAAACAAUGUGUUAUAACUUACUAAUAAUAUUAUAGUCGAGAACAAAUGACACUUACUCUGAGAGGUCAGUUUGGCCUUUUGUAAAUAAUAAAAAAUGUCAAUAGAUAAUGUCGAGUUCUAUAAUUUAUUGCAAACUAAAGUAUAAUCGUAUAAUAAAACAAUACAUUUUACGCGGAUGAAAUAAAAUAUAAAAUAUGGAUAAACUUCUAACGGCACUUUAAAAUACAAUUAAAUUCAAGCACCAUUAAAUUAUAAUGUAAUAUUCUCGAUAAAUGUAUAGAAAGGUCUACCUACCUACCUACCUACUCAUACAUAGUAUAAAGAUGAAUGGAAAACGCUGACAUUAAUAAAAAAAUCAAUCAAUAAAAGAAAUCGCCGAUGUACCUACCCGUUGAAAAGAUUUAUGUCAUUAUAGUUUCUGAGUAUUUUUUUUUUUUUUUUACGAUUUUCAUCAUAAAAUAUAUUUCACGUGUCAUAAUUCUUUAACGUUUAUAAUUCGAUUUAUGCACGGUAGACGUCAAUUGUUACACAUUUUAGGUGUCAAAUAAUAUAAAGUGUUCCCUAUAAUAAUAUAUUUCAUAAUGAUAAAGUUAAAAUUAGAUUUAGAGUAAAAUUUUUUGUUUAGUCAAUUUGUAAUAUUUUUACCAAACUCGAGUAACAAUGAUAAUUGUUUAAGUGUUUGUAAAUGUUAAAUGUGUAAUUUAUUUUUUUUAGAUUAAAAUAAUGAGUUUUAUUUUUAAAAUGUGUUAUACUUUAAAAGUUUAAACAGUGAAAAGCAAUUUCUGUUUUCAUACGUAAUACAUAUAAACCAAUAAACUGGAGUAAAAUAAACAUAUUUUCAUAUUCCAAUAGUUAAAUUUCUGUUUUGAAAAUGAUUCGGCUCGUAUUCUUCUUUUCUGUGGUUCCUUAGAAAAAAUUUAAAAUCGAAAAAUGUUUUUUCGCGAGUAAUGAGAAACUAAUAAUGUAGGUACUUUAAAUAAAUAAAUAAAUAAAAUAAAAACCAAACUAAUAUUUUUUACAAAACAGACAAGAAAUCAAAGAAUUUAAAUAUCUUUUUUAAAUUAAAAUUAGUAGUUGGUAAAUUUUACUCUAGCCUUUUGGUCUAGAACAGUGUUUAUGUUUCCCAACAGGGGGGGGAUUCCUUAAAUGGGAGGAAUUUAAAUACUGCGUAGGGGAUAAUAUAGUCAGGGGCAUGCCCAGGGUGUGGUUUUGGGGGUUCAAACCACCCUAAAAUUGAUUUUCUUAAUGUUUUAAUAAAAUAAUAAACAUGUGUGAUGAUACAUUUUAUUCAAAUAUAAAAAAAAAAAUGCUUGGUAAUCUUAAUUACACUUUCAGUAUCAACUAUGAAAGCAGAAUGACCUUUUUAAAAUGUACGUAGCAUAAAACAUAUUUGAGAUUAACUACCGGUGAAAACCUACUCACAUGAGUAGCUAUUCAUAAUGACAUACUAGUAAACCAGAUAAAGUAGUUUCAAAAUUUAAGUGGUCAUUAAAAGGUUAAAAAUAACUUUCACAUUUUACAAAAUUGGAGAAAUUUGGCAAACUGCUUCCAACCCAUUCAAUGCAUUUAAUAAUUUAAAAAUUAUACAAAGCAAUUUACAAGAGCUAAUUUUUCUUUAUAUUUAUAUUAUAAUCUAUAAUCUAACCCAGUGGAGACCAACCUUUCUUAACAAACGGCUAUAAAAAAAUUAGUAAUUCUUGGCGAACAACGACCAUGACGAGAACUUUUGCUUUAAAGUAGAUAGAAUAUUUUAUUUUAUUGUUAGUACACCUUAAUAAUAUAGGUACCAUUGAUAUAUUUAACUAUUAUUUAUUAUGUUUAUUGAUUGUUAUAAAUGAUAAAAAAAUAAAAACAUAAUAUUUUAAUAAAAGUUUACAUUUUUGAAAUUUGAAGUUAUUUAUUUUUCAAUUUUUAUUUAUACUUUAAUGUGCCGAUUGAUAAACGAUCGCUGGCUGGAUUUGGCCCGUGGGCCCGUUAGUAGUUGGUCACCACUGACCUAAACUAAAUUAAUUAACUUGUAGCAAUAUUGAUUAAAUGUAUUAAACAUUUUAGAAAAAUAUUUCACAUACAUAAUAAGAAAAAUAAUUUUAAUAAUAUUUUAAAUGUUCAAACCGAUUUUAAAAAUAAUAUCCUAUAUCAAUAAAUUUUAGAUAAUAAAUAAUAACCAAAUAAUUUAUAUUUCCUAACAUAUCUGUGUUUAACAAUAGCUCAUUUUAAAUGACCUCUCCUAUUAAAAUAAAUUAUUUCUAUGUAAAACGAUCAAUUUGUGUAAUUUUUCGCUAUGUAUUCCUUUAUUUGUUUUUUCAUAUUCAGUUGCGUUUUACUUUUUGACUUUGUGAUUUUAUCUGACGAUGAAUUUUUAAUUCGAAACCGGUCGUAUAGUAUAUAUUUCAAAAUACUUCAGACGGCGUAUUUAUUUAUUUAAUUAUUUAUUUAUUUAUUUAUUUAUAUAUUUAUUUACGAGCAUUAACCAUUUAAUAAUUUUGUUUUUACUUUAUUAUUUUAUUAUUAAAAAUUUAUUUUUAUAGCGAAAACAAUAAAGUUGGAUACUUAGAAGAACAAUACGAAAUUCUUCAUUCGUCCGUUAUAGCUUUGACGUCACAUUUUUCACAGGUACCUCAUAUAUAGCAAGUUCAAGCAAAAUAUUGUAUUGUUUAUCGUAUUGCACUCAUCUGAUUCUUUAAAUAGCACAGCCAAUUCUUAUGAUUGACAUCUAUUCAUAGGUUUGAUACCUAUCUAAUUCUUUUUUAAUAUUAUAUACUUGUACUAUCAUUUCUAAUUUAAUAAUUAUUUAGAAUAACAAAAAAAAAAAAAUUCUUAGUUAUCAUAGAUAUAUAAAAAUGUGUUUUUUUUUUGUUUUGUUUUGAAUUUAUACAGGUUCAAUUGAGAAUCCAUCAAAUUAUCGAGUCACCGGACGAAGAGAAGAAACAUUUAUUAAAAAAUUUAGAGGAAUUCGCAUUUAAAGGCAUUCCGAAUGUUUACACCAAUUGCUCUUUGAACCAUUUACUUGUAAUUGCCUUCGCUAAAUUGUUACUGUUAAGAGUUCGUUAACAUAAAGAAAAUAUACAGGAGUUUUUCUUUUUUUAGAACGAUGACGAUCAAAUAGUAGAAAAAAAACAUCAAGUUCAAAUAGAAGUAAUCAAAGAAAUGAAAAAACAAUUGGAAGAUUUAGAGAGUCAUAUAUAUAAUAAUAAAGAUGAAUUCGAUCUCCCAGAAAGUUUCGUUGACGUUUUUCGCGAAAAACAAAAUAACAUAAUUAGUAAGCACAAAUAUAUAUUUAUAUUAAAUGCAUUAUUCAAAGUUAAUACGAUAGUUUUGAUUAACAAAAUUAUAUUUUUUAAAUUUUUUUUCUUAUAGACCAAGUAGAAAAAAAAUUAAAUCUUAGCAUCAAAAAUUCUAAAAACAUGUCAGUCGAAGAACUCAAAGAAGAAGUAGACAACGCAAUUCAAAAGGUAAUAUUAUUUAUUUUAAAAAUAAUGCAACCAUUCAUUAGAUUAAAAAAAAGAAAUUCAAAUCAUCUGAUUUGUUAGGAGGUACUCGGUAAGAGCAAAAUUAAUGAUCGAAAAUUAUUUUAAUUAUUUUAUAAUAAACUUAAAUGUUCAUUAUUAUUUUGUUGUAGUUUAUAAAUAUGUAAAUAAUGCAUUUUCGAUAAAGGUCGUUUGUAGGUAAUUUACAUAGUCCUAUUAAAUAUUAUUAAUUAUACCAUUAUAAUACUAAUAAACAUAAUCAUGCUACUUUUAAUAUUAUCAUAUAAUUUAAUAGGUACUCAUCAAAUUUUUUUUCUAUAGCAUUAAUAAUGUUUUAAAAUAAAUUUAAAACACUAGCUGGUUCACGUUAAGUUACCAACAUACUAUGCAUAUAUUAUGGUAGACAACAUAAUGUUAAUUUAUUAGUUACAUUUAUCUGUACCUAGUUUUAAGUUGUUAGUUUUAUUCGUACAAAUCGUUGUCAAAAAAAAAAAACACGCAUAAAAGUAUAUUAAUUUAAUAAAACAAAUUCCCAAACUUAAUUCGGUUGAUGUGGAUUUUUUUUCAGUCUUACAGGGACAUAGUAUACAUUAAUCAUUAUUUUUCUGUAACUUUCGAAACGAUUUUACAUACCACUGCCGCGCUGCCUCCAUCAAUCCCUAUUUUUAUUAACUGUGUAAUAGAUAAGUGAUAAAUUAUUAUUAGUAUUACCACCUCUGACUUUGAUUUAUACUGGAUAAUUUUCUAACUUUCAAUUGUUUAUUUUUUAUUAUUGAAAUCCACUGCAGUGGCGAUAGGUUGAAUUGUAAUUUAUAAUUUUUUAAACACUUAGAGCAAGAACUGGUAUAAAAGUUGUUCACAGAUAAAAAAUAAAACAUUGUUAAACCAAUAAAUUCUUCGUCUGCUUAAAAUCAAAAAUGUUAAAUUUCCUAAAAUUUAUUGGAAAUUAAAUAUAAUAUUAGUUAUACUAUUCAAUAGAUUAUACUUACCUACAUUUGUUGUCAUUAUAAUUUAUGGGUAAAUUAUUUCGUUGAUAAAUUCGAUUUGUGGGUCUUGUAAUCUUUUCGUAAACCGGUUUUUUGAUAUUUCUAUUAUAUUUUAAUAAUCAAUUCGUUUUCAUUCGCUUUUCAUUUUUGAAUCAUAACAAUCAUUUAGAUUUUUCUUAUAUAUUACAACUAAUGAACUACCUAUAUAGAAUAGAAAGAAUUGCAGUAUAAACGUAUAGUAUAACAUUAUCGCGAACAUAAUAAUAUUUUCACACAUUAUGUGUGAAAAUCGCAGAAUUGUGUAACUUUCUUGGCUAUGGUUCUUCUCAGGAAACAAAAAAAAAAAAUCUAAAAUUACAUGUUUGUCUAUUUCAAUGUUAACUUCCAAAUAUACUAAUUACCUACUUAUAAAUUACAACCAAUGAAAUACUCAUACACCAUAAAGAUUAUUUAUUUAUUUAUUAAAUAGUUUAACACAAGACACAAUAAUUAAAGUUUAUAUAUUUACACGCAAAAGGCAAACGAUACAGAUUUUCAUGAAGUUAACAUAAGCAUUUUCAAUUUUGAAAUUGAACCAUGGUGAAAAUCGUAAUUCUUUUAAUCAUUACACGACAUUACACGACAAGUGUCAUAUUGGACUAUUUUUAACGUAAUUUUUAAAAGUUGAAACAUGAAAUCACAAAUUAUUCCUGGAGUUAAAUAAAGGAACAUAAAACCCGAUUUCAGAUAGAAAUGCAGGCCAUUUCAUGUUACCAUAUACCCAAUAGUUUAUAUACAAAAGGUAAAUCAAAAUACUUAUAACGUUUAGCUAAGGAAACUAAUUCAAAAUGGUUAGCAAUAUUUAUGCUCGGCGUAUUUCUAAAAUCCGCUCAAACAUAUGAAUAAAGCGUCUUUGCAGUUUUUCAAGAUUUUCAACAUGACCGUACUGGGAGGGGUCCAACACUACAGAACUAAAUUUCAGAAUCGAUCUUAUACCAAUGAGUAAGAUUAUUAUGGUAACACAUAUUUUAAAAUACGAUCAAUGAUACGGAGGAGGAUAUAGUUCUUGUUCCCUUUGGUCAUGCCACCGCAUGAUUAUCAUUUUUAUUAUGGAAUAAUUUCAAUUUGCGUAUCUAUACCUAUAAUACAUAAAUCAAUAUAAUUAUAAUUAACGUUAAAUGUGAUAUAUUACCAUAAAGUAUACUCAUAAAAAUCUAACAACAACCCUUGUCCUAAUAAUAAUAUUAUAUACUCUAGUGCUAUGAUAAUUUAUGGCCGAUAAAAUCAAAUGGCUAAGUUAAGUAAAGUAGUAUAUAGUAUAAAUCGUGAAUUUUGUAUCGUAGUUUAUCAACCUAUCGAAUUACAUGAAUUAUACAAAUUUAUGGGGGGGAGGCGUUAUCUUAUAUAAAAUAUUACUUUUCAUGGUUCACGUAUUAUAUAGGUAAUUAUAUAUGUAUACUAUAUAAGAGUACUGAAAAUCGAUAAACCGAAACCUCUUAUCAGUACCUACGCAUUUGACAUUGGAUACGAACGGAUUAUGAGAUAAUUGGAUCGCAAAUAAAACGAUAUUAUAAUAAUACGCAUCGUCUUUGCACCCCGACAAUAAAUUACGUAAAAUUAUUAUUUAGUCCCAAGGCUAUAGAUGGAAAUAGAUAUUCUGAGGAAGUUCAACAUUGUUUUCCUGAUCAAUUCUAUUGACGUUCUUAUUGGCGUCACGCUAAAAAUUAUAUCAUUUAUUUUUCAAAUAAUGCAAAGGUCUCCAGAAAUUUCUCAGAUGUAUACAAGCCGGUUUACCUGUAGAAUAUUAUAGGUAGUACCCAUAAUAAAUCGAUGGUGUUUUGUUAAAAGGGCGUCGAGAAAAUUUUACUUUUUUUCAGAAAGCAAAAAAAAAAAACAGCAAAAACAGCUUAUAACGAUGUUUAUCAUGGAAAACAAUAAAGUUACUCCUUAUAAUCAACCUUAGACACGAAUUACACACACAUUGAAUGUGGUAUACGCCCUUUUAACAAAUCAGUGUUGAUUUAAUUAUAUUUUAAAAGGAUGCCCUGAUAUAUUUUAGUCUACAUUAACAAUAUAAUUGUUUAUAUUUAAAUACGUCCUUUUACCAGUUUAUGCUCCUAAUUUUUUUGAUUUUUUUGGUACCAAAAAUGUAUUUUUUGAUUUUUAGUGGUGUACAUUCUUUUAACAAAACACCAUCGAAAUGUGUUUAAAUGUAAAUUUAAUCUAUUUAUAGAGUUUUAAAUAUAUGUUGCAAUUUGAAAAUUAAACGUGGGUACUUUUAAUAAUAAUUUUACUAAUGAAAAUAAGGGUGAAAAAAAAAACAGAAAUAACAGAAAGACUGACGCACUUUACACGAUGGGUAAGUCACUGUUCUAGGUCAGUAAUUGGAAGGUAAGAUAUAGAGGGGAUUUAAUGUAUAUCUGUACGCAACGAUUAAUCAUUGCUAACAAAAAACGAUUCUGAGCGGAGGUUGGUUAGGUUAUACAUGUAUGUUUUGAACAGCCGUAAUAUUUACGAUUUUCGUCAAAAUUUAAAAUUAAUAUUCUUAUAAAAAAAAAUCAUACUUCAUAUCGUUAAUUUUGUUUUUUCUACUAAGUACUACUUAUAAUGAAUCUCCUGUUAAAUUUUCAAGCAUUUCUGUUUGGCCUUGAAAAUUUUAUCCACAGAAUAACUACCUACUAAAUGAAAAUUACGUAAAAACUUCACAUAAUUAAAAUAUCUAUAUACGAGUAUAACUCUAAAAUGACUAAAAUGUUUACAAUUUUACCACAUCUAGAAAGGUAGAUACAAUUUCUUUGUUGGAAUUUCAAGACUCCACUAAUAUUUUUAAUUGAGUAUCAGCAAAAAACAAAAUUAAAAUAAUAGGUAUAUUUAGCAAAUUUCUCGUUUUUUCUACGUUUUCUUUUAGUUUUUCCCAUUUAUUAUGAAAACCCCUGGAAAAAUCAAAAAAUUACCGUCCUAUAUAGUAACACUUCGGUCAGAUUUUCUUUCAGAAAAAGUGCUACACUUGAAAAUUGAAAUAGAAAAUGCUAUAAGAGUUAUUCACAGAUAAAUAAUAAAAAUUAAUAAACUUAUUAUAAAACCAAUACAUUCCUCACUCCGCUUAGAAUUUAAAAAUAAUAAUAAAUCGAUCAUUCUGUAUGUCUUUAGUUAUAAAUGUAUAUUAUAUUGAAUUUCUAAAUUUCGCGAUUAUUUUAUCAGUUAUAUAAUCUGGAAAUACACGGUAGCAUUUUUCGGCGUUUUUAAACGUAAUUACUAUUACGUAUAUUAAGUUAAAUAAUGUGGGAAAAAAAUACAAAUAUAGUUUUUAUAUUGGACGAUAAUAUAAUAACAGUUCAAACGAUUUUAAAAUCACAUCACCAUAAUUUUCAAGGUUUAAAGAUAUUUAAUUAUCACAUUGAUAAUGUAUAAAAUAACAAUAUUAAAUUUAUAUUGUAGACAUAAUAGAUAAAAAUUUGAGAAACAUGAAUAAACGUCAUUUCUAUGGUUAAAAAUUAGUAAAUGAAAAAUUAGUAUGAUAAAUGUGAAUAUUUGUAUUAAUGACGGAGGUAAGUAAAUAAAGAAUAGAUACUCACCUAAAUUAAUUGUAAUUCUUAUUCUCGACAUUAAAAAAGAAUAUUGCUGAACUGGUCCUAUUUAAAUAACCAAUGCCUUUAAAAUAAUUAUUUGUUAACUUUAAUUGAUUUUUUUUUGUUUGUCAACUAAUAUUAUCCGAUUGUGUUUAGCUAGUGAAUCCGAUGAAAGCCACGGAACACUUGGUCGAUCAAUUAAAAACCCAAAUUGCCGAUCUCGAAAGGUUUAUACAUUAUUUACAAAGUGAGUUGAAUCGAUUAAAAAAAUGUACAUAUUCAUAAAAUAAAAUUAUAUAACAUAAUAUAAUAGUGUGUCAAUAGAAUGUCGUUGAUAUUAAUUUGUAUUAUAUUACGUUAUAUCUGUUUUUUUUUUUAUUUUAACUGUAACUUUAUGACACCGGAAAUCACAAUUUCCGUUAUACAUCAAUGCGUUAGUAAAUAUUAUUAUAUAUUUGAUUUUGACAAAGAAAAUUAUUUAUAGAUAUCCAUCCUGAAAAAAAAACCGACAUACUUCUCAUGAUGGGUGGGCCAUUGUUGUGGGUGAAAAGUUGGUAAAGUAGGAUAUGGAGGGGAAUUUAAUUUACACGCAACGAUUAAUAUUUACUAACGAUAAAUGAUUCUGAAAGUAGUUCGGUUAUAGAUGUUUGAAAGACUGUACUAUUUACGGUUUUCAAAUAAUAUAUUUCGUACAUUUUUCCAUUUUUUUCACAUUUAUUGCGAAAACUCCAGGAUAAAUUAAAAAAUUACGUCCCUAAAGUACCACUCCAGGAAAAUUCCAUUUCAGAAAAGAUGUUAUACUUGAUAUUUCAGAGUAAGACUUCUGGUAGAAUUGUUGUACACAAUAUAAACAAAUAUAAAAAAGACUGAAAUAUUCGCUUGUGGUCGGGCCACUGUUAUAGGUGAGAAAUUGGGAGAGUAUAGUAGAAAAGAAAUUUAAUGUAUAUCUGUAAGCAACGAUAAACCAUUGCUAACAAAAAAACAAUUCUGAGCGGAAUUCAGUUGUUAGAAUUGCUUCGUCAACAAUAUAUAUAUAUGUAAUAUAUAUAUAUAUAUAUAUAUAUAUAUAUAUAUAUAUAUAAAUAUAUAAUAAUAUAUAUAUAUAUAAUUACCAUUUUCCCGAUUUUCCAUUUUUCGCUCCGAUUUUCUCCAUUUAUUGGGAAAAAUACUAAGAAAAUCAAAAAGUGACUACCUAGUCAGAUUUCAUUUAAGAAAAAGUGCUAUCAUUUUAAAUUGGAGCAAAAUUGCUGAUAGAAAAAUUGUUCACAAGAUUAAAAAUGUCCAUAAUAUGAUUUUACUAAUACAUACAUUUCGUACAUUUUCUUGUUUUUCCUCAGUUUUUUUCCAUUUGUUGAGUAAACUCCUGGAAAAAUAAAAAGUACCUCCUUAAACUAUCUCCUCAGUCAGAAAAAAAAUAAACAUAAUUUUAAAGCCAUGAGUUUCUUCGCACCAUUCAGAAUCUAAAAUAUUGAGUCAUUAUUAUUUCUAUACGCAAACAAAAAACAAACGGAUAUACUUCGAUGGGUGGGCUAUUGUUGUAAGUGAGAAGUUGGGAAAGUAGAGGGGAAAUUUAAUGUAUAACUGUACGCAACAAUUAAUCAAUGCUAACGAAAAAUGAUUCUGAGUAGAGUUUAGUUGUACACAUUUUAAAAAGUCUAAAUAUUCACGAUUUAAAAAUAAUACAUUUCGUACAUUUUCCCAAUUUUUCCAUUUAUUAUGAAAAAUCAUAAAUUUACCUUCUUAAAAUAUUAACCCGGGAAAAUUUCCCUGAAAUAAAAUUACUAAAAUUGAAAAUUAGAGCAAAAUUUCUAAAAGAAAGUUGUUCACUGAUAAAAAAAAAAUAAAUAUAUUAUUUUAAAACCAAUAUACAUCUAAAAUUAACAACCUACAACCUUUGAUUUUUUUGAUAUUGAAAUAUACGUAUCUCGUAUAUUAGCUGCAUAUUUUAAGUAGGUAGGUAGAUAGUAAAUCAGAUAUUCUGAUUUAGGGCACAUAAGGGAAAUGGAAUCUCGUAUUUUAUAAUGAUGUAAAACGCUUUUUUCCGGAGGAAUAAAGAGAAACAAAUCAAUCUUUAUUUUUAGUGAACUGCGAUAAUAUAUCAUAGUGCUUGUAUUAGUAUAGGUUUAACCAAAUUUAAUAUUGUUGUGCUUCGUGACACGAACAUAAUAAUAUUAUACUAACUCGUAUUUUUCCUUGACAGAGACAAAUCGAUAUAGCAUGUGUAAUAGUAACCCACCACUCACCCGAACGGCAAAAUUACAUUUUUAAAUAAAAAAAUGUUUAGGUUUUUUUAAAUCAUAUUUAAACGUAUGAAGAACAUCACCCUCCCCUCCGCUAGUAUUUUAUAUAUAUUAUUUUAUAUUUUUAUCUAUCUAUACAAAUCUAUUAGUUGUAUUAUGACAUUUAUUUACUCUUUAUUCUUUAUUCUUUAAAUUUAAAUCCAAUAUGAUAUAGUGCAUAACCGAUAGGAGCGAUCGCUCUCUCUGUUCAUUCUCAAAUAAAACCUUAUCAGCUGCAUUAUACUCUUAGCUUGAUUUGUCAUUGAGCUCGUCAUAAUUUUCCAAAUCGCCCCCCUCUCCCCACCCGUUAUCCUGGAUCCACAAAUGUGUAUUGUGUACAACAAAUUAUAAUUACUACAAAUAUUAUAUCUGCCAUUUACAUGUAUUGUAAAUACCUAUUUAUUUUCAGCUGGAAAAAUAAAACUGAAAACACCGGGAGAGAAAAACACUAAAAUAUCAGCAUCCAAAGACAAAAUAAUGUUCGAUCGAAAAUCGAGAGAAGUGGUAAUUUUAUAAAACUUUGGUGCCUAAAGUUAUAAUAUAAAUAUGAGUUUUGAUAAAUCUUUUUUUUUGAAAAUUGGUAACAUAGUCUAUAAUUAUGUAUACAGGAACAGCCUAUAUCACGAAGAUCUGAUACCUGAAAUAGAUUUAAAUUUGUCAAUAUUUUUAAGUUUUUUUUUUUUUUCUUAAAAAUAUUAAUAUAUUCAAAACUAUUUUAGUUGUAAUAAUUAUUUCAAGUUUUUAUUUUGUUAUAAUAAUAACUAAAGUCUUGUGCUAUCAUUUUUCUAUAUUGUAUUUUUCUUCAAACUAAAAAUAACAAAAAUUUCAGUGUUAGAAAUAUUUACCGAAUCAUUAAUUUUCUAUAAUUUUUUAAAGUUUAAAACAAUUUAAAUUAUUUGUAUUACUACUACGAAAUAAAAUCAAUUGAUUUAACACAUUUUUCUAACAAUAUUAAUUUAUAUUUUUAGUUUUGAAAACUAUAGUAUAGAGGAACCAUAAUGCUCUAGAAAUAAUUACAGCAAUAAUAAUAAUAAAAAAGUGAUAGUGAGGAUAAAUGCGUCCACUGUUGUAAUGUAUAACACAUUUAUGUCCGAUGGAUAGUUUUAAGUAAAAACCGUUUUAAAUUCUACUAAUCCAUGUGAAAACCGAUGUUUUCGUGUAACACGGUUCGGUUAUUUUCUAAAUAACAAUGGUUUUCAUUUUAAAUUGAAUGUGUCAUUGAGGGUGAUAGCUAAAAACUUCAGGAUAACGUCAGUUUCCGUAAUAUUUCCUGUUCAUUGUCUUCAUCUAAUAUCUUAAUAACAGCUUCUCGUAUAAAACAACGUGACAAUAUUAUAACGAAUAUAAAUUAUCUAUUUAACAAACCACAACCCAAAGUUCUGCACCGUUAUUAACAAAAACCACAUAAACUUGUUAGUAAAUUAAUUUACAACGGAUUAAUAUCCAUUAAACUAGUCGUAUCCUACACAUGCCUCUCUUAUUAAUUAAUUGUCUGUUUAACUAAAAUAUUAUAGUUGGAUAGGUAAGAAAUAUAAUAAUAAAUCGAUAAAUUAUAAAUACUUAUCGAAAUCCCUAAUUAUAAGAUAUAAAAAUGCCUAAUUCUUUUGGAUAUUGAAAUUAAUUUGCGUCAAAAAAAAUGUACAUAUUUUAAAUUUGAGUUGCAUCUAAAAAAAUUUUUUUUAUGUAAAUAAUGUAAUAUUAUAUUAUAUCUUUUACAUGUUGUCGACAAAACUACAGAAAACAGUUGGCGCGGUAAAACGGUUAACCGCAAUAGUUCAAAUGUUCAUUGGUACUCAGAUAUCUUGCAACCAACGUCAUUUCAAAAAGAACACCCUAAAGAAAACCAUGAAAAUAAAUCAUUGGGGGUAAGUUCAUUACAAUGCGAUUAAUUCAUUAAAAUUUGAUUUUAUUUUUAUUGUACGAGGGGUGGCUAUAAAAUAACGAGACUGGUUACGAAAAAGUGUUUUAUUAUAAAAGUUAUUCUACAUUCAAAUGCUCCCCUUCAAUAUACUCCCCUCCCCUCGCCACACACUGUUUCAUUCGUUUCUUCCAUUGCUCGAGGCAGUGCUGGAAGUCUGUUUUCGUAAGACCAUUCAGGAGUUUCGCCGAUUUUUGUUUCACCUCUUCCAUCUACUCAAACCGGAUUCCUUUUAAGGCAGACUUUAUCUUCGGAAACAAGUAAAAGUCGCAGGGUGCCAAGUCGGGUGAGUAAGACGCGUGUUCGAGUACUAGAGUGCCUUAAGCGGCCAAAUAACGCUUCACGCUUUAUCCUGGUGCAAGAUCCACGAUUUAUUUUUCCACAAUAUCGACCGUUUCUUACGAACUCAUUCGCGCAAUGUUGCCAAAACUGUCAAAUGGUAAUGGUAGUUCACAGUUUGACUCUCUGGAACCCAUUCAGUCAUCACGAUGCCGUUGAUAUCGAAGAAAACGGUUUUGAAUUUGGAUUACGACUGAAUUGGAUUCCGGUGCACUCUCGACCUUCAGAAAAUAAUUUAUGCCACUCAAAAACACGUGCCCGAGAUAGGAAAUCCUCAUCAAAUCCUCAAAAAAUCAUAAAUGUAUAAAAUAUUAGACAACUGUACUUAUACUUAAUCAUUGAUAAUCAUAAUUUAGAACUUUAGAAAACUGAUAUGAAAAAAUCGUUUUUCCCUCAUAGCGAUUACAGAGCCAACUUGGAAUUGGUCAUUGCAGAACUGUUAGAAAUGCUGGCUAUACCUGAAAUACAUGUCGACAGUGAUUAUAUGUCCGAUUCCGAAGGCGCUAUCGUUUCGAUGGAAUGUAACGGGAAAAUCGCUCUAGUGGUUCGAAAACGUUUAGCACCGGCCAUUCAACAUUUAAUACAACACGGUCUCAUGGUGGUAAACUCACAAUAUGUAUAUUUUAUUUUUUUUUUUUUUUUUAAUAAAUUAUAAUUUUCCUACCGUAAAACUCUCGGGUAUAUCUAAAAGUCGGUAAGCCCACUAUUUUUCAGGAAGGGUCACAAAAAGGCACAAACCUGCAAGUAUUAAUUUUACAUGAUUAGCCAUAAUAUAGAAAGCAACAAUAAAUCAUUGACAAAAUGAUUCAAACUGUGCCUAUUAGAGAGCUCAACAUUUAUUGAUGUUAACUGUGAUUAUAUAUAUCGGAGUGUAAAAGAGCUGAAUUCUAAUGCCAGCUUUGGUUAUAGACCGGGCUUCAUUUUCGGGCGGGAAGAUUAUGAAUUUUUAGACAGGUUUUUGGGAUAAUAAUUUACUAAAUAGGUAAAGUGCACGAAAAAUACAUUAUAAAAAUUACGAGACAAUGUUUGUAAUUGAAUUAUAGAUUAAGCAAUUUUGCGUAAUACGUAUAGUCCGUAAUAAAAUUAGUUCAAAUUUCGAGGUUAUAACCUAGUUGUAUCACUGAUAUAUAAUACAACUUUUUUUUAAACUUUAAUUUAUUUAAAAACAAUUAAAUCCUAGAUUAUGUAUUAUAACCUACAUUAUUUAUCCUACAAUUAUAUAAUGGACAGGGCCGUGGAGAGAAAAUUGGGGUCCGGGAGUAGUGACAUACGAGCCCCCCCUUUUUUCCCAUAUUUUACUUUGGAGGUUCACAAACAUUUUUCCUGUGACCACUUGCCAAUUUUUUCCUGCUUUUCAUAGAUCUCCCCCUCUCCCUCUUUAUAUCAUUUAUUAUCCUAAUUUACAUAGCACGCACCUCCAAUUUUUUUUUCGGUGAUUUAAAACCCUUACAGUUUAGAAUAGACCCCUAGCGGUCUACAUAGACCACUUUGGGGACCUCUGUUUUACAUAGAUGUUCGAUAUUUCUAAUUAAAAAUUGAAACACGCCAUUAUUUAAAAUAAUAUCUUUAUUUAUCCUAAAGACACAAUAAAAAAAUAUGUAUUAUAUCAAAUGUACAGCACCGUUCUUCGACUUUUGUUGUCUUAUCUACCUGAUCUACUACGCAAAGAUAAUUCUUGAAAUAAUCAUUUUAAACUCAUUACAUGCUACUUUAUAUCAAAUUAUUUAUUAUUUCUUUGAAACACCAAGCGUACUAUGUACAUGGUGUAUGAUAAUAAGCCGCAUACUUUUUUUGUUCAAAAAUUCAAAUAAUACAAUUAUUUUACAUUAAAGUUUUAUGGGAUACUCGUGGGGGCCCGGAUUUUUCAAAAUUCCAUAAACACUUAUUUUGUUUUGCUUUUUCAAUUCACAUACCGGGCCCGGAGUAAUUCAAUCGCGACCCCUCUCCCGUUCAUCGGACCUGAUAAUUGAUACAUAUACUUUGUUCCUAAGUAUUUAAAUAGAUGACGUGAUUCCUACAUUUAUUUAUUAAUUGGAGCAAGUUUUUUUUUUGGUAGAAAAAAUGCUAAUACACGGGAAGAAAAAAUAAUAAUACAAACAACAACAAAUCACACACAUAGUAAAACCAAAAUAUUUCUCACUCGCUGCGUUCAGAAUCUAAUAUUUAAAGAGGCGCGUAUUUUUAGGGAUACCGCGUUUCUUUUUCUUUUUUUUCUGAAAGAUUGCUAAGCAAAUUUGCUAUUUGAAAAACCAAAUAUCAACAUCUUCAUAAUAACUCUUUUGUUUCAUAAUAUUUUAGGAAAAAAGGCCACGUAGUGCCUUCAAAAUAUUAUCCUCUUUAAAUUCCAUUACUUGUGUUUAUACUCUUAGAUUUUUGUAUAUUAUAUGGGUAUCUGCCUACACAAAAAUAUUUUUACAAUAAUCUUAACUCGGGUUUUUGUAUAUAAUUUCAUCGGAAUUUAUUUCGAAUGUUUUCAAUUUUUAGAUUUACAAUCACCAACUAUAACUAUAUACCUAAGUGUAGAUGAUAAAAAAAAAUGAUUCUAAACCCAUGAUAAUACAGGUGGGUCAAAGCACGAGUGUCGUACCGUUUGUGGAUUGUUUGCAUCCAAAAACGAACAAUACGAAAACGACAAUGCAUGCGUGGGAGCUCAUAUUAAAAUAUUACGAGAUAAAAAAUGGCGAUUAUUUUAAUUCGACGCCUGCCCGCAAACUAUCUCAAAGUUUUAAUUUAGACAUCGAAGGAUGUAAAUCGUCGAUUUCAUACAAACAAGUAAAUUAUUAUUUUUCCUUUUUUUAUUCACCUCUAAUAUUAUAUUAGCAAAUUAACUGUAUUUGUGUUUUUCGUUAACAAAUAUAAUAUUCUUGAUUUAUAUUAUACAGGGUUUACUGUCUAUUAUCGGAAAUAUAAUUUCGUCUCAUUCCCGUUUUAAACGAAGUUACGACUCGUGCUUCAAAGCCUUCAUAUGCGGAGGAUUAAAGUGAGCCACAAUAUUAUACAACUAUGUUGUUCUUUUUCAAAGCUGGGCAAGUUGAUCAAUAUUUUUUACUGUAAUUUAAUUUUUCCAUAAAUAUUUUAAAUCAUAUUGUUCUUAAAUAAAUUAACAACAUGAAUUCGUUAAAAAUAAUAAAAUAACAUUUCUAUGAAAUUUAUAAUAUUUUCAUUAUUCAUUAUUUAUUGAAAUAAAAUAUUAAAGAACUUUAAACAAAUAAUAAUUAAUUAGGAUUAGCUUAUAAAUUACACAGUAAUAAUAUAAGUAUAAUUAUAUAAAAAUUAAUAUACUUGUACAACAAUCGUAUACAGUAUAAAAGUAAGAAAGUAGUUUUACAUAGUACUGUAUACUAUAUAUGUUUCAACCUUGUCGAAAAUAAAUGAAAUUAUCACAUACAAUUGAUUUAGAAUACAUAUCAAGGAUGUCUUCACACGUUAUUUAGUCAUCUAAAAGAUGCUUUUUUUCAUGUACUUUUAGCACUACCCUUACGUUUCUUUUAGACAUACCUAAUAUAAAAUCGCAUAACCUUGGUGGAAGCGUGCGAAAGACCUUAAAUGCCUUCAUGUUAAGUACAAACAAAAAUGUAUGCUUUUUAUACAUUUACCAUUCAAGGCGAAUGUGAACCGUGUGGGUAUCUCAUAGGCCGCAAUCCACUGCUGUUAUAUGAUAGUGAUAUUCAAGUAAAAGUAACUAAUUUUCGUCAAAAGAUAAAUGUAAAAAAUAGGUAUAUAGGUAAAAAGGUUUUUGUACAAAAAAAUUAUAAAUAGCUUAAACAUAGUUACAUUAUAAUAAAAUAACUGAGUUGAGUUAAAAUUAUUAAAAGGAAUAAUUAACGUGCUUUAUAAUUUUGAUUUUUUUUCUUUAGGUAUUUAAAUUAAAAGUUAUACAAAUAAGUUAUAAAAAGUUAAACUUAUAAUUUAACUUUUAGAUAUUUAACUUGUUACUGCCCGGCUUUGUAUUUUUUUAAAAGUUAAUUUCAUAUACCUAGUCGUAUAUGUUUAUUAUUAAUAAAAUAACAACUGAUAUAAUAUUUUCAUAACGCAACACUUUUUGUUUUUAGUUCGAAAAUGUUGGUCAGUUGGUUGAAAUUUAUAUUCAAAUGUCAAUCGUUAAUCGAGCUUUACUAUCAACCUUGGAGUUAUGUAGCGCAGACGGGUAUUAUAAAUAAAUAGUUGUUCACCGUUAUGUUUUAUUCGAUAGCUGCGGAUUAUGUUAAAAAGUUGAGAUAAAAUGCAUUUUAAAAUUAAUUUGAUUCCAGGUUUCGAGGACGCGUUGCAUUCGUUAGAAAAACUGAAUCAAUAUAAUUUCGAUCUUCCGGCAGAUUUAGCUAUUCGACAAUUACAAAAUAUAAAAGAUGCUUUUUAAUAAUUAUAAUAAUACCAUAACGAUAUUUUAAACCAAACUAUUUUUAUAAACCAAAGUAAAACAUUAAUCACCAAGAAUUUUUAUUUCUUAAUAUUUUGACCAUCGUUAUUAUUCAUAGAAUAAAGUUGCGUAAAACAAAAAUUAUGUUUUUUUAUCUGUUUUAUUCCGUACAUUAAAACCGUUAUUAUGUUAUACUAAAAAA